AUGGCUAUGAUGAAUGGCUCGGUUGAUUCUGAUUUCAAGCGUUACCUUACCAGAAAAAAUUUGCUGACAUUCGCAGCAGCAUUUAACAAAGCCCAUGACUACAUUAAAAGUGAAGAGUUGAUGAAGACAAGUAGCAGAAAUCUGCAAAUAGAGGCAAGGCCAGAAAGGGUGCAAGGAGGAGUAGUCCGAAAAGGAGAUGUAGGGUUAUCGCCGUUAUCUACUGGAAGAGGAGUAGAUGUGAUAACAAGGGGGCCGAUACAUGGAGGAACAGUUAGUGGAGCAAAGAAGCAUUUGGCUGAGCACCGUCAUCUGGUGUGCGCCUUAGAUGUGGACAAUCGUCCUCGGCCAGCUACAAUACCUGAAAUAGUGUUCACCGAAGAAGAUGCAAGGGGUGUAGUGUUCCCUCAUGAUGAUCCAUUAGUCUUGAUAACUAAGAUAAAUGGGGCUGAUGUCAAAAGAGUGUUGGUGGAUGGUGGAAGUUCAACAAAUGUGUUAUUUGUGCAAGCUUUUAAUGAGAUGAAUAUCGGGAGACAAUACCUGAAGCCGGUAUCAUACCCGGUCAUUGGGUUUAAUGGGUCUACAGUAAGACCAGAAGGAAGCAUAGUGCUACCAGUUAAGCUAGGAGAUGGGUCACAAGCAAGGGAUGUGAUGGCAGAAUUUCUGGUGGUAAAUGUUAAAUCAGCCUACAACGCAAUUAUCGGCAAACCGAUAAUACACGAUAUGCAGGCCGUCGUGUCAACCUACCAGCUGGCGAUAACUUAUGUAUCGAAUUUGGGAGCUGUAGAAAAGGUAUACGGAGGUCAGGUGAUGUCAAAGUCUUGCUUUGUGACUUCCUUAAAAAACCCAGUUGGUAGUAGGCCGGUGCCAUGCAAUCCGGUAAGGGAAGGUGAGCCAACAGUUCAAGACUUAACAAUGAGGAAUUUUGAUACGAGGCCAGAGGAGACCCCAAGGCCGUUACCAGGAGGAGAGACUGUUCAGGUUGAGCUACAACCAGAUGUUUUCGCAUUUUUGGCAAGUGAAAUGCCGGGAAUACAUCCAGAAGUGAUAGAGCACAAGUUGAAUGUGGAUAGAAAAUUUAGGCCGAUAAGGCAAAAGAAGCGCAACUUUUCAACAGAAAAGAUAGAGGCAAUUCAGGCCGAGGUAAACAAGCUCUUAGUGGCAGGGUUCAUUGAGCCUUGCACAUAUCUGGAAAUGAUGGCGAAUGUAGUGAUGGUGAGAAAGCCAACAGGGAAGUGGCGAAUGUGUGUAGAUUUUACAGAUUUGAAUAAGGCCUGCCCUAAGGAUUGCUACCCAUUGCCUCGGAUCGAUAGGCUAGUAGACUCAACCUCUGGUCAUGCUAUGCUGAGUUUCUUAGAUUUGUUCUCGGGUUAUCAUCAGGUCAGCCUGCACAAGGUCGACAGGGCCAAAACAACUUUUAUAACAGAUGCUGGUGUAUAUUGUUACAAGGCAAUGUCGUUUGGGCUGAAGAAUGCAGGAGCGACGUAUCAAAAGUUGGUGGAUAAGAUAUUUGAGAAGGAGAAGGGCCGAAAUGUUGAGGUGUACGUGGAUGAUACGAUAGUGAAAAGUGAGGAGAAAAAAUAUCAUAUAGCAGAUUUGACGGAAACAUUUGAGACGCUGCGAAAAUACCAGAUGAAGUUGAACCCAGAGAAGUGUGUGUUUGGGGUCAGAUCGGGAAAGUUCCUGGGCUUUAUGGUUAGUGAACGAGGAAUAGACGCAAAUCUAUAUAAGGUGAAUGAAGUACUUCAGAUGAAAUAG